UUCACAACUAGAAAUUGUUUUCCAUUCCAUACUGGCACCCAUACUCCCAGUGGCUGGCUGGUGGCUGCAGCAGCUGUGACAGGGCUGUGACAGGACGAGAAUGACCCCGACUGAAGCACAGGGCACUCGAGGAGGUACUCUGGCGCGGGAAUCACGCUCCUCCCACAAGCAAACCUCCGGAAGCCUCCAGGCCAGCUCUUUCUCAGGCCCUCAACAUUCAUCGGGCUUCCGGACACCACUCUACGACCCGGCCACUUCCUAAGGGGGAUCUGAAGGACGCCGGCCAUGAGCGGCCCGAGCAGCUGGCGGCGGGCAGCCACCUUGAUGUUGGCCGCAGGCUGGACGCACUCGAGCCCCGCAGGCUUCCGGCUGCUGCUUCUCCAGCGAGCGCAAAACCAGCGCUUCAUGCCCGGCGCGCACGUCUUCCCGGGCGGCGUGCUGGACGCGGCCGACAGCUCGCCCGACUGGGUGCGUCUGUUCGCGCCUCGGCACGCGCCGCCGCGCUUCGGCCUAGGCCCGGAGCCGCCUCGGCAACCCCCCUUCCCCGGGCUGUCCCACGGCGACAAGGACCCCGCGGCGCUGCCCGAUGACGUAGCGCUGCGCAUCUGUGCCAUCCGCGAAACCUUCGAGGAGGCGGGGGUGCUACUGCUGCGGCCACGGGACGCGGCUCCGGCUUCUCCGGAGCCCAGUCUGGCGCUGUCGCCUCCGGCCGGCCUGGCCGAAUGGCGCUCGCGCGUGCGCAGUGACCCGCGCUGCUUCCUCCAGCUGUGCGCGCACCUGGACUGUACGCCUGACAUCUGGGCGCUGCACGACUGGGGCGGCUGGCUCACUCCGUAUGGGCGAAGCAGUCGCCGCUUCGACACCACCUUCCUCCUGUGCUGCCUGCGCGACACCCCGCGCGUGGAGCCCGACCUGGCCGAGGUGGUGGGCUACCAGUGGUUGUCCCCAUCAGAGGCAACUGAAUGUUUCCUAUCCAAAGAAAUCUGGCUGGCACCACCACAGUUCUAUGAAAUGAGAAGACUUGAAAACUUUGCCUCUCUCUCUGCUCUGUAUAGAUUUUGUUCGGAUCGUCCAUUAGAAGUAGCUGAGAAAUGGCUGCCAAUAAUACUUUUAACUUCUGAUGGCUCCAUCCAUCUUCUCCCAGGAGAUGAGCUGUAUGUGAAAGACUCAGACUUCUUGGAAAAGAAUAUGUCUACUGACAAAAAGACUGAGGAAAUCGUGAAGGAAGGCAAAGUACUCAACCGAAUUGUGAUCCACAGUCCCCAUGUGUACGACAUCUACAUGACUCUUCAAUCAGAGAAUAAGCACGUGUACCCUAGGAAGUACGUAGCCAACAAGAGCUGCACUGCCCACCUGUAAGCUGCACGACUAAUGUACUGUUAGCAAAUAAUGAGGAUCGACUGAACCUAAGGAAUGUACCCAUAAAAGUCACAACGAGGUGUUAGCGGUGUCACGUGCGUUUUGGGAGCCUCUGCCAUUUGUCAGACCACAGCAAGCCAAAUGUCGACUGUAUGAAGUAUUAAAGCUCUUGUCACCAAGAUGAACGGUUUCACAGCAGUUGUUUUAUUCGUUGAACAUUGGAAAGGGGUCUCCUGCCAUCCUCUGACUGUCCCACGUGUUAGCAGGUUUCCCGGGGUGCUGUGGAGAUUGGGCCCUGGAUCUCUUACACUUCCACAGGAAUUAAUUCAGAGAUACCUAGUUAAAGAGUGCUAAGGGUCAGAUGUGAGAUGUCUCCCACUUGCUCCCUGGUUGGUAGCUCUGUUUUGGCAGGCUGUGAGAACUGAGGGACCGGCUUUAGCUAGGAAACGUGGGUCUUGAGGGAUCAAAUCUUCACUCUGUGCCAGCAGGGUCCUUUGUUUCUCCAUCUGAGGAGAUGUGAGCAAACUUUGCCUCAGGUUUCUGCCUCCAUGAAGGUCACUUGUUUCUUCUGUCGUGCACAGUAAGGAAAGUUAAUGUAAAUAAGCAGUGAUCAUGUUUCAUGUUCGUGCCGUAUAUAUACUCAACUUGAUCAUUAACAUACAGUAUUUGGAUUAAAACCAAAUGGCAUUCAUUUUGACAUCCAAGUUGUAUUUUUUAUUCUACUUAUUUAUGUGCACACACACACAUAGGAGUGCAUAUCAUGGAGCAUGUGUGGAGGGCAGAGAAUAGCAUACAGGAGACUGCUGUCCUGCUGCGUGUGGGUCCUGUAGACUAAGCUCAGGCUAGGAAGUCAUAAGAACACGCGGGCUGGUGAAAUGGCUCAGCAGGUAAAGACACUUACUGUGCAUGUCUGGCAACUCGAGCCUGACCCCUGGAACCCACGUAAAGAUGUGAAGAGGGGACCUACUUUACAAAGUUGUCCCUCCACGGGUGCCACAGCACUUGUGUUCUCGCACACACCUAAUGUACACACAGACACUAUAAAACUCAUCAGCCGUUAUAUGCUUAUAAAGUAAUAGUUAAUGAGGCUGGAGAAUGUUUAAUUGAAGUUUAAUAUGGUUAAUGUGGGUGACUAAUGAUCUUUAUUGACUAAAAGGUGAGAAAUGAUAGUUAAGGUACUGGUGUGUGUGUGUGUGUGUGUGUGUGUGUGUGUGUUUGAGACAGGGUCUCUACAUAGCCCUGACUGUCUUGUAACUCACUAUGUACACCAGAUGGCUUCAAACUGAUGAGAUCUGUCUAUUUUUCCCUGCUGAGUGUUGGGACUAAAGGCAUAUGCUACCAUACCUGGCAGGACACAAAUUCUGUCUGUAGAUCUUUGUGCUGUGUG